AUGACAAACACAACGGAUGAACAUAUCGAAAUGGUAACUGAAAAAAAUAAGAAACCGUUAGAAACGUUGUACAUUACUAUCAAUGAAACAGAUCUUAAUGAAGAAAAUACUCUUCAAAGUGAAUACAAAAGAAUUAUCCAAAACUAUAUUAAAAAUAGUUAUUCAACAAUUGAACAAACGAUUCAAGAUUAUCUUAACAAAAAGGCAUCAUAUCUUUUUGGUAUUAAAAACUUACAUGAACCGAAUGCUGGUAAAAAUGAAGAAGGAGAAGGAAAAGAGAACAAUCAACAUUUGAUUAAUUUUAAUAUUAUUAAAUUCAAUGGAAAAUUCCUUGUAUUUAUUAUUGAUUCAAAUGAAUGUAAGGUAGAUGAAAACGAAUUUAAAACAUUACUAAAAAGUCUGAUGAAAGAAGAAAUUAAAUUUAUUGAUUUUAACCAUCGAGAUGAAUCUUCUGUUUGUGUUAGAAAUAUUGCAAUUGCGAUGAGUCACAUUGAAAUCUUUAUUCAUUUACUUAAAAAUGAAAAACAAGAAAUAGCAACAAAAUUUCGAAUGUUAAAAUUUUUUGAGAAAAAUAAUCAAUCAAUUAAAUUUGAAAAAUUGAUUGUAGAACAAGGUUUAAGUAUGAGAAUAAGAACGAAACCAACAUUGGAAAAAAUUCUUUCCCUAUUGAAGUCUGUUCUGGAUAGUGAUAGUGAAUAUAAAUUACCAGAACAGAAUCAAUUCAAAAUAUUAAGUAGUAUAUUGGCAAGUCAAAAUUUUUUACCGCGAGACAAUGAUGCAAUUGAUCUUGUGAAAGAAGUA